AUGCCGACUAUUCUGGAAAAGCUCUUCUCUCUGGAAGGCCGCACAGCCGUGGUCACGGGAGGUACACGGGGAAUUGGCCAGGCCAUGGCAGUAUCACUUGCAGAAGCAGGAUCAGAUAUCAUCCUCAUCCAAAGAGACGAAAGCAACACUGAAACGAAAACACAAGUCGAGGCUCUGGGCAGAAAAACCUUCAUCUACACAGCAGACCUUUCAAAUCAAAAGGAAGUGGAGAGCUUGUCGAAGCGCAUCUUAGCCGAUGGCCACGAUGUCAGCAUUCUAGUCACCUGUGCCGGCAUUCAACGCAGACAUCCCGCGCACAAGUUUCCCAUGGGCGACUGGGACGAGGUCCUCCAAGUCAACCUCAAGACAGUCUGGACUCUUUGCCGAGACUUUGGCGCUUACAUGCUCACACGCAGCCCCAACUCGAUAAACGGCCACCGUGGUAGCAUCGUCAACGUGGCGUCGCUCGUCAGCUUCCAGGGAGGCAUCACGGUGCCGGCCUACGCAGCGGCCAAGGGCGGCAUAGCACAGCUGACCAAAGCGCUGAGCAACGAGUGGGCGAGCCAGGGUGUUAACGUGAAUGCCAUUGCGCCUGGGUAUGUUGCAACAGAUAUGAAUGAGGCGCUGAUCAAUAAUCCGGAGAGGGCGGCAAGUAUUCUGGCCAGGAUCCCCGCGGGAAGAUGGGGUACCCCGGAUGACUUCAAGGGUGCCACAGUGUUCCUUGCGGGGGCGGGGAGUUUGUACGUUUCGGGAGAGCUGCUUACUGUCGAUGGGGGCUGGAUGGGCCGAUGA